AUGGUACUCUGUACGUGGGACGCUCAGGAUGUCAAGGGCAUGGACGAACACAUCUCCGAAUGGCUGGACGUCCUAUACCGGCCGCCUUCAACGUCGGAGCUCACACGGGUGCCUGCACUAGAGCACUUCAUCCUUCUCCUGGGAGAGGGCCAGAAGGAGAUGUUCGCACGUCACAAAGACGUCACCAUCGACACAUUUCUCGAUAACGGCCCCGAGGCCCUCCGCGAUCUCGUCAGAUUUCGACUCCUGCGAACGGUUCGUAUCGAAAUCGACAUCAUGAUCCAACUCGACAACGAUUUUGUGCGCGCGCUAGCGGAGGGCCUACCCAAUAUCGAAGAACUCAGCCUGACGCCCCCGCCCGGCGUGGCGUUCGAGCUUCCAACCGGCUGCCAGUGCGUCCUCCCUACAUUCGACAGCCUGGUCGCGUUCUCAGAGCACUGCCCCAAACUGGCCACCCUCAGCCUCGCUAUUCGCGCCACCUUCGCAUCGUACGCGUUCUGGUAUACAUAUCGGCAGUCCACCGCCGGGACAGAACGGCGCCCCUCGCCCCUCAAGACGCUGUCGCUCUGGACGACACCGAUGAUUGGCGGCGCGAACGCGCGCACCGUCAGCGUCUUUCUUGGGUGGAUUUUCCCGGAGUUGGUGUCGUUGCGGCCUUAUGUGCAGGCUGUGGCCGGGAGGGUGUUCAACAGGGAGAUGCGGCAUGUUGCGCGGGCGGAGUGGACGGCUGUCUUGAGUGAGAUGAGGCUUGGUGGUGAGAUCCCGCCGUGA